AUGGCCGCCGGAAGUAGUAACCUGCAACUACCGGCAGAACUACCCUACGAUUUUGUGAAGAAAAUUACAAAUGACUUCUCUAAGGAGCGAGAAAUUAGUGAAAGUGCAUUUGGAAAACUUUACAAGGGAAUUAAUCCAGAUGAUGGCACAGUGAUUGCUGUGAAGAAACUUCAGGAAAACGCACCAAUGCCAGCUGGCAAGAUAUUUAUAAAUGAGGUUCAGAAUAUUAUGGUGCUCAAACACCCAAACAUUGUAAAAAUGGUUGGAUACUGCAGUGAAACAACAAAGAAAUUGGUGCAGUUCGAUCAUCGAUAUAUUCAGGCAGAUGUUACUGAAAGUGUACUCUGCUAUGAAUAUUUACCUAAAGGGGACCUUGCAAAGAAUCUAUUUGGUAAACUCAUUAUCGAUUGGGAUACACGUUUCAAAAUAAUCAAGGGGAUCUGCAAGGGGUUACGUUAUCUACACAAAUUAGAUAUUCCCAUAAUCCAUAUGGAUCUGAAGCCCGAGAAUAUAUUGUUGGAUGAAGAUAUGAUGCCUAAGAUUGCGGACUUUGCACUCUCUAGAGUCUUUGGCGAAGCACAAACCCGAUUGUGCACACAGACUGUCGUGGGAUCAUAUGGAUAUAUGGCUCCAGAAUAUCUAUACAGGGGUGAAAUCUCAGCGCAAUCAGACAUAUAUAGUUUAGGCCUACUCAUAAUUGAGAUCACCACAGGAGAGAAGAAUUGUCCUGAAACCAACCAACCGUCCGCAAGAAAUUUUAUUGAUAAUGUACAAAAAAAUUGGACAGAGGAGUACAUAACACUCAAGUACUCAAGUUUAACCCCAGAUUGCCUCAAUCAAGUUAAGCGAUGCAUCAAAAUUGGGCUGGAAUGUGUUACUAUCGAUCGGAAAGGCAGACCCACUAUAGAAAAAAUUAUUGACACCCUCAACGGAAUAAACUGA